AUGACGAUUUCGCAGAGAACGAAAGGCCUCUGCGUGGUUGCUCUUCUCGUGUUGUUGAGCGGCUGGUGCCGCAGCGAACCUCUGACCGACGGAUACGAGCAUGAAAACGUGCUGUCGAUUCGCCUCGCCGGGGACAUCGUCAUCGGCGGCCUCUUCCCGGUGCACGAGGAUGGUUCCGCCGAAGGCAGUCACUGUGGUCAGGUUAAGCCAGACAAGGGCAUUCAGCGGAUGGAGGCGAUGCUG